CCUAUCGUCUAUUGUCUCUGUUACACAGACUGUGGAGGUAAAGCAGCUGAGGAAAGAGAAGAAGAGAAAGCUUGAGAGUGGACGAUGUCGCUGGUUUGGAUGGAAGCUAUUCUCCCUCUUGGGAUCAUAGCAGGAAUGCUUUGCGUCAUGGGAAAUGCUCAGUAUUAUAUCCACAAAGCCGCUCAUGGCCGGCCGAAGCACAUCGGAAAUGACAUGUGGGACGUAGCCAUGGAGAGAAGGGACAAGAAGCUGAUAGAGCAGGCGACUGCUCCUUCUUCUAAUUAGACCGUCUUUUCCGGAACCUUUGCGAAUGGAAUCUUGAGAAGUAAUAAAGUCGUCAUCCCAUUCGGAAGGAGCCUAGAGCAACUCCAAUCUCAAAUGUUUUCAUUGUAUGUGAAUUUUCAUAAGCUGUUAAACUGUCCAUUGAAAAGUUUAUGUACUCCAGUGAUUUUUAUUUGUAACGUUAACCUUUGGAGAUAAGCUUGUUUGUUUGAUGAGCUUUGUGUGAUCCGAGAUCAUGCAGUUAUUUCUGGAA